GACUUCUUGCGUCUAGCGUCGAAAUCUCCGCGAUUUCCGAAAAGAAUCAUGGCGUCGGGCGAGGAGCAACUUUGUCGAGUGAGAGAGGAGACUGAGCGACCACUACAGCCCGUUAUAGCUCGAACGUCACGUGACCAAACACGGAAACAAGACGUCCAUCGGGUGACUGGUCAUCAAGAAGAGCUUCCCCUUAUGUGUGGGAGUCGCAGUUUGGAACGGGUGGAUGCAGAGCGCCUCCAUAUUAAAGAGGAAGAGGAAGACAUCAGCGAGUUGCCACUGAUCAUCGUCGUCGUGAAGGACGAAGACGACAAACUACCCCAGAUGCCGCAGCUUCAUCUUCACAGUCCAAAUCGUGGAGGAGAGCCAUCAGACGACCUCUUAGCUCCACUGUCAGGCAGCGACGACAUAGAAGAACCUUCAAGGAGCGACACUGACUGUCGAGUUCAUACCAAACUGUUGAAAAGCUCUGAAAAGGACACGACUAUGAACAAGAAAACUUCUCCAACACGCAGGAGAACGUGUGCACGUAAACAACAUUUCAGCUGCUCAGUUUGUGGUAAAAAAGCCACCAAAAAGUCCAACCUGGUAAAACACAUGAAAAUACACACGGGAGAGAAAACCUUCUGUUGCUCAGUUUGCGGUAAAACGUUCUUUCAAAAGGAAAACAUGGCAAAACACACAAGAACACACAUGGGAGAAAAACCCUUUAGUUGCUCAACUUGUGGUAAAAAAUUCUCUCGAAAGGACUCGGUGAAGUCACACAUGAGAGUACACACGGGAGAAAAACCUUUCGGUUGCUCACUGUGUAAUAAACAAUUCUCUCAUAAGGAAAGUUUGGUAGCGCACAUGAGAACGCACACCGGGGAAAAACCCUUUCGUUGCUCAGUUUGCGGUAAAAUGUUCUCUGUUAAGUCGGAUAUGGUCAUACAUGUGAGAAUACACACAGGAGAAAAGCCUUUCAGUUGCUCAAUUUGCAGUAAAACAUUCAUUCAAAGGGCAAAUAUGAUUAAACACACGCGAAUACACACAGGCGAAAAGCCUUUUAGUUGUUCAGUUUGUGCUAAAGCUUUCACUCAAAAGUCCGAUAUGGUUAGACACAUGAGAAUACACACGGGGGAAAAACCCUAUUGUUGUUCAAUUUGUGGUCGAAGUUACGCUCACCGGGAAAGUUUGGCUGUGCACGCACGUACGCACAACAAAGGGACAACAAUUGUUUGACGGCAAUCCUGUGCAAUACUCUAACUGUGGAAUUGUAAAAGCUUCCCAAGGGACUGUCAAGGGAAUAUCAAAUAAAUUGUGAACUAAAACAUGAUGUUUUUGUUUGAAAUAGCUUUUUUUAUUUUGGUAAAUGGCAUUCUAAUGCCGCAAAUUCAACAAAUGAAGAUGUUCAGUACCACACUGUUUAUUUUUUGUUCCUGUUUUGCUUUGUUUGCUUUUUGUUCCGGAGUGAGACGUUUUUGUUUCAUUAAUGGGGAUCUCAUUCAUAAAGGAAGACCAACGCUGGUCUUUCUUCAGGAAUUAUUGGUGGUUGCUCAGUUUUGAAAUAUUUUUUGCACCAAGAACAGCUUUUUUACAAAGUUUAUUUACCUCAUACGUACACUAGAGGGUGGUGUUGACUGGAAUAAAAGACUCCCAUUCUACUCUAUUUUUUUGACAUGAUAGCUUCAUUUAUUAAGCUUAUUGCGGGACAAGGAAUUCCAUACACUCAGUUGUA